CGUUUCAUAUAAUUAUAAAUAUCAAAAAACAAAAAAAGUAUUAUAUAAGUUACUUAAAAGGGAGGGAAAGAAGCGUAAAAUUUUAUUUAUAAUAAAUAUGCGUAAAAUAUACCCUCCACCUUUCAAUAAGUUUGUAGUUUUUGUCUUUUAUAGCUUGUUGUCAAUAGCAGCAAUAGUGUCAUCGCAAGUCACUUUAAUGGAUAAUGGGUGUAAACCGAGUGCCUUAAAUUUUACUAAUAGACCAGUAAUAGGUUAUGUUCAACCUAGUAUAGAUCCUAAUUCAAUUCAAUGGGAUUUAUAUAGUCAUAUAAAUUUUAUUGUGAGUGAUUAUAAUAAUCCCGAAAAAAAUAAAGAGAAGUAUACUGCUUUGAUUGCCGCCAAAAAUGCAAAUGGAAAAAAUGUAAAAAUUCUUCUUUCAAUAAGAAAUUAUGACCGUUUAACAUGGAAGGAAGAUAAAGAUUUUUAUGAUGCUCUUGACUAUAUAAGUGAAUUUAUAACAAAAAAUAACUUUGAUGGGGUGGAUAUUGAAUAUCCUGGAAUGAGAGGAUUUCCAUGUAAUCAAAAACCUGUUAAUGACGCAGAUUUUGGAGCUUUUAUAAGGAAUAUGAAAACUAAAUUGCAGAACAAAAUAAUAAUAAUGUUAACAGUUGGUAGCACUCCUACUCCUAGCGAAGAGAUCAUAAGUCUGGUUGAUGAUAAAAUUGUUGAUUUACUUAAUAUUGAAACAUAUCAUUUUAGUUUAUAUGCAAGCCCAAACCAAUUCAACACGGUAGGAAAUGAUGUUACAACAAAUCCAAAUUCUCCAUACGGAAGGUUUAAACAAGCAUAUGAUAUCUGGAGUCUCAGAAUUAGCAAAGAAAACAAAGAAAAAAUAAUCAUGGGGAUAGAUUUUGGGAAUACUUUUCAAGUUGUAACUAACAAAACUAUUAUGGAUAGUCAGACUGUUGAAUAUAAAUAUGUUCCUUACGAUAUACCACAAGAAAUUAGAGGUCAAUUAAUUCAGAUCAAAAAUCUUUGUAAUAUCCAAGCCAACGCUGCAUUAUAUUCAUGGCCAUGGAAGAAUUUGUCAGCUUAUGCUCUUGAUUAUUCACAAACUAAUGGUUCCUAUGGUUCCUGUAAUACAAAAAAUAAUUGGACGCGUAAAUUUGAUCAAACAAAUUCUGUUCCAUGGCUUUAUAAUAAUAAUCCUUAUAAUUCUAAUGUAGAUUUUAGUAUUUUUUAUGUAUCUUAUGAAGAUUUUAGUUCAUUAUAUGCUAAAUUGUUAGCAGUGGGAGGAGUUUCAAUAUCUGAUAUUAGUUAUGAUGAUGAUAAAAAUAGUUUAUUAAAUUAUAUACGCGGUAAUCAAUUACCAUCCUCCCCAGUUGAUUUACCUCCUACUAAGAAUAAUCCAGGUAAAGGAACUUCUCCUUUAAAUCCUACUGAUUCAACUAAUGCUGAUGAUAAAAACCCUUUAGAUAAUCAUAAAGCCAAUGCUGGGGUCAUCGUCGGUGCAGUUCUUGGAGGAUUACUUUUAUUAGUAGUAAGUUGCUUUGUUUGGUACCGAAGAAAAUAUAUUCUUAAUUCCAAAGAUGCCGGUGCCAUUUCUAAAAGUACUAUGAGAUCUCAUACAGCAACAAAAAAUGCAGAAAUGUCAUGUGAUUCUUCACCAAAUCGAUUUGCUGUUCCAACCACUGUUAUACCUGUUGCAUGUGGUUAUGUCACUGCAAUGUUCGAUUUCGAAGGAAAAGAGGAAAAUGAUUUAAGUUUUAGGAAAGGUGAUAAGAUUGAAGUUUUAGAGAGAGGUGAUGGGCCAAAUGAUUGGUGGGUUGGAAGAGUUAAUAAUACUGUAGGCGAAUUCCCUGGUAAUUAUGUCAAGGAGACAGGGUAAUUUCUUAAAUUAUAAUUACAAUUAUUAUUAUAAAUUCAAAACUUUUUUCUUUUUUUUUAAUAGAAAGACAAUUUGAUAAUUUUAUUUAUGUAUGUACUAUAACCAUAAUUAUUUGAAAAAAAAGGCUUUUUUUAUAAUACAUCAAAAGAUACUGCGUAAUUUAUUUAUAGUCAUGUGUUUAUCAUGUGAAAUGUACGUAAAAAUCAUUGUACUUAAAAUUUUAAAUAC